AUAGAAUUAGAUGAUUUACUCCGGCUCCUCCGGAGCGCCGACCGUGGCGAACAUUCCUUCGGCCAUCGUCGUCACCGAGGCCCCGAGGUCCGUCAGCACCUUCGUCGCGCCCCCUUCGCCACCGUCGUCGGCCGUCGCGUCGUCGCCGUCGUCGCUCUCCGAGUCCGACGAGUCCGGGUCGAGGAAGUCGCCGAAGAGCUCCAUCAGGUCGUCGUCGCCCGAGUCCUUGGCCCCCGCCUUGGCAUCGUACUCCUUCUCGCAGAGGAGCUUCUUGCAGCCCUCCACGAAGUUGUCCAAGAGGUACGUCGGCAGGGAUAGCUCGAUCUCGUCGAGGCCCGGCACCUUUCCCGCGAUCGCGUUAUACGCCUCCUUCGCCGACGGGAACGCCGCCGUGAGCGCGCAUCCCUCCAGGGCGCCCUCCACGACGCCGGUCAUCGUCUCCUUGAUGGCCGCGCCGCACGUCUCUUCGAAGAACUCGGCGAGCGCCGGCCCGUCGAGGCCCUUCUCGCAGAGCGCCACCGCGUCGUCCAGGUCGAUGGAGAGAAUCGGGUCCAGAAACGCCUUGAUGCAGCCGGGGUCCGUCGCCACCGCUAUGAUCGCAUCCAGGAAGGCCUGGGCCACCUCCUCGACCUUCUCCGUCAUCGCGCCCGCCAUGCUCCCGCCGACGAACGGCACGCCGCCGACCAGCUCGGCGGCCGCGUCGAACUGCUCCUGCCCCGGCACCGGAAUUUUCAGGUCGUCGCGGGCCCACGUGCCGACGUCCUGCGCCGCCGCCACCAUGGCGUUCGCCGCGGCCUCCAGGAUCUUCUUGAAGGCGCGCGUCGCCAUGUCCUGGAGCUCCUCCAUCGUGCGCUCGGCGGCGGCGACGACGUCCUUGGCGACGUCCUCGGCCGCGUCGACGACGUCCUCGACGGCGUCCUCGCAGGCCUCGGCGGCCUUUUUGGCCUGCUUCUUGGCUUUUUUCUUGGCCUUCUUCAUCUGUUUCAGGACGCCCUUCUUUUUCUUGUUCUUCUUACCUGUGCGCAAAUCAGCCAGUGAGUUGGGUGGCAUCGCGUCGAUGGCGUGGUGGUCAUGAUUCGCCGCACUGCUUCUUGCCCAUGGUGGUGCCGGUGGUAAGCUGUUGGGCAACCGCGGGCUCUGCUAUAUGAUGAGUCGGGCUAUGAGUCGGACUGGCAGUGGCUGCCCCUGGCGAGGGCAGCGCUAUAGAGACUAUCUGAUGAGAGAAAUAUGGCGGAGACGUCGAGUCUGGCGGCCGCCCG